GCAAGGGCUAGCUCUUUUAUUCCCAGCCUGUCACAGAUGGAUACUUUCACAAAUACAAAAGCAUGCUUGGGUAUUGUGAUGGUGGCAGGAUGCUAUGGAAGUUUCUGGAUGCUUACUCUCGCUUUCUGUACUUACCUCAUUGUGGUCACACAGGGGGCAUUCUCUGUCUGAAGACCACACUUUGAGAAGCGCUGAUCUAAGCCAGUUUGUAAUGGAGUGGUCACCGUUUGUUCUGGAAUCUUCCACAUGCUUACGCUGAGCACCCAUCCAGUCCACCGUCCAGGUGCCCAGACUCUUGGAGCAGGUCUCCAUCUGCAGAGCUCCUUGCCACGCCUCCGACUGUAAAUGGUUCUGGCUGCACUGGUUCUUGUUGAAUCACUCUGUGCCCUGGCUGGUUUAUCCCACGGCUCACCCAGGAGGAGGGUGGAGCCAUCCUUGUGCACACAGGCUCUGGGCCUUGGGUUCAGGAACCGCUGCCCCUGUCUUGCUCUGAAGCUCUCACUGGUGACCACUUCACUCCAGGCUUCCUUGGUGCCCAUCAGCCCUUGGGGGGCUGCAGCAGGCACUUGGCUGCCCCCGAAACGGAGGCCACCUUCUAUCCACCCAGACUCUCCCUCCUGCUCAGGUACCAGAUCCCCAGGAGCUGCAGGGCUCACUAGCAGAGAUUCCUCUGUCCUGGAUGGCACAGACAGCCAGACCGGGAAUGAUGAAGAGGCUUUCGACUUUUUUGAGCAGCAAGACCAAGUGGCGGAAGAGGGUCCUCCUAUCCAGGGCCUGAAGGGCGAAGAUGCUGAGGAAUCCUUGGAGGAGGAGGAGGCACUGGACCCUCUGGGCAUUAUGCGCUCCAAGAAGCCCAAGAAACAUCCCAAAGUGGCCAUGAAAGCCAAGCCCACGCCCCGGCUCACCAUCUUUGAUGAGGAGGUGGACCCUGACCAGGGGCUCUUUGGCCCGGGCAGGAAGCAGUUCCCACAGGGCCCCUCGGAGGAUGUGUCAUCCAUGGACCCCCUGAAGCUGUUUGACGAUCCUGACCUCGGCGGGGCCGUGCCCCUGGGUGACUCCCUCCUGCUGCCGGCAGCCUGUGAGAGUGGAGGGCCCACGCCCCGCCUCGGCCACAGGGAUGCCUCCAAGGAACUGUUCAGAGUUGAAGAGGACUUGGACCAGAUUCUGAACCUGGGGGCUAAGCCCAAACCCAAGCCCCAGCCUAAGCCCAAGCCACCAGUGGCAGCUAAGCCGGCGAUACCCAGAAAACCAGCUGUUCCCCACAAAGCGGGCCUGGCUGAAGCUGUGGCUGGGCAGCAGAAGCCGCAGGAGCAGAUCCAAGCCAUGGACGAGAUGGACAUCUUGCAGUACAUCCGGGACCACGAUACGCCGGCCCAGGCAGCACCCAGCCUCUUCUGACGCUUCCGUGCUGGCCCCUGGCCCAGCAGGCCUGUCUGUGGGGACAUCUGUGUGAAGGGAGGGGACUGUGCCCUGCAGGGUCAGAACCUCCGCACCCCCGAGGGAGGCCGGGUGGAAGCCUGAGUCACAGCACCCAGAACUGCAUGGUUCCAUUUUCUCCUGGGCUGUGGGACCAAAGUAGAACCCUGCAGGCUGUGGGAGUGGCUCUCACCCUAGGAACCGGAGCCCAACUUGUCUUACUCCCCGUGGACAUGGAGGGGAGGGAGGGUGUGCCUUGCCAACCAGGAGCCCAGCCCCAAGGAUGAAGCAAGACAUGUGGGGCCCCAGCGAGGUGUCACGUGGGGCAGGGGAGCUUCAUGCCCUUGGGUUCUGCCAGUCCCAGCACAGACACAAACUGGGACUGGGCCUCUAGCCCGUCUCUGCCUCUGUUUGCAUAGUAAGAAGGAGUGAUCAGCAUCCUCCCCUUCCCCUACCCUAAGCAGCAGCCUGGGUGACUCACUGUCCUGGGCCUGGUGGUGGGGGGGUCCCCAAGCCAAAUUACUCCAGGGUCUCUGCUCCUCGUGGCUGCCAGGGGCCUGCAGGGUCUGGGUGGGUCUCCCAGGAGAGGGAUGCUGAGGGGGAGAUCAGCUGUCUGGAGUGUUCUGAUGCAAGUCUCUCCUGAGCCUCCUCUUGAUACGAGCUCUAAAGGGAGAAGUCAGGCCCAGCCCUGCCUCUCCAGGGUGCAAACGGCCCUGCCAGGCCCCAGUUCUUCCUCCCUCCUCCUUUCCCAGGAAAGGGCAGCCCAGUCCAUGGCCUUCUUGGGCCUCUGGGCACAGAGCCAACGUUCGUCAUUGCAGCUCUCACAAACUGGGUCAUAGCAUUCCCCACAGCUCAGCCUGGAGCCUGGGCAGGGCUCCCAGCCUGCACUGCCUCCCACUGCCAGCGGGGCGUGAUGCUCUCAGGCUUCUGUCCCGAGGCCUUCGCCAUCCUCAGGGUCUGGACUUGGUCAGUGGCCUUUCACCAGUGGAGCUGCCUUCCCAGGGAGAAGAAGCCGUGCGCCAGGGCAGGGCCCGUGCCUUAGACUUCUCCCGACCCCCAGAGCCCUGGCACACAGGUCUGGGCACCACACAGUGCUUUGGAAAUUCUCAGUGAAUGAUGUUUAAUAAAGCAAAAAAUGUCAAGCUGUC